UGGGCAGUGAUGACGGUGGCGUGCACCAGGAGAUGGCGGCUGCUGCCUGCCUCGGUCGCUGGACCUUGGGCGGUGUCCUGUCUGCAGCUUGCAGCGGCCGGGCUCCGGGUCGCGGCGGCUCGGGGAGGAGGUGAUGUCGUGCGCUCUGGGGGAGAGCGGCAGCCGGGCUGCGUGCAGAUGUUGGGUGGGAAGGCCGGGGUGGAACCUGCGGUGGGCCCCAGGCUGAUGCAGAGAGGCAUAAGCAUGUCAGUGGCAUCUUUGCAAUAUAAUUCAAGAAAAGUGUCUUCGUUGGAAGGUCAAAAAUUCUAUUUUGAUACUCAUGCAGUUGUGCGACAUUUGGAAGAAUGUGGUUUCAGCUCUAAGCAAUCGGAGGCUGUGGUAGCUACACUGCUGAGAAUCAUGAAUUCCAAUAUGGAAAUCACAUACAAAGACAUGGCCACCAAAAUUCAACAAGAGAUAAUGCUUCAACAGAUUAUGUCACACAUAGCAGCUGUAAAGAAAGACAUGAUUAUAUUAGAAAAGAGUGAGUUUUCAGCACUGCGAGCAGCGAAUGAGAAACUGAAAAUUGAAUUGCAACAAUUAAAAAAACAGUUAACUGAUGAAGUUGUCAAAGUUUCAUCGAACAACAAACUGGACCUGAAUUUGGAAAAAAGUAGAGUCCAAGAAAUGUUAACGGAGCAUGAAAAGCGAGUGUUGGAAACCAAAGCAGAUAUAGUAGAAUUGCAUUCGCAUCAAGAACGAGCCGUAACACAAGCGAACCGAAAGAUAGACACUGAAGUAGCGGGACUCAAAACUCUGUUGGAGUCGCACAAACUUGACACCAUUAAAUAUUUAGCAGGUUCAGUUUUCACAUGCCUCACCAUAGUGCUUGGAUUUUAUCGCCUCUGGGUAUGAAAUUUAAUUCAUCACUGGAUCUUCAUUCUGAAAGGAUCAGGAAGAACAACCUUUGUUUAUAAACAGGAGAGACAAUCUUUUGAAAUGCUACAAGGAACCAAGAAAUUUGAAUAUCGAUUUAAUUCAAAAAAAAUUCUGUGAAUCUAUUAAACAUUUUUAAAUGUUAAAGAAUAUUAAGCCUUUCAAAUUUACUUUAAAAUACAUUUGACUAAUGUAAACUGAGAUAUGUGGCUGAAAUUUUCAUAUUAAUUUUCUAAUUUAAAAUUGUUCUGCAAUUUUUUUUACCAUAAAUUUGUAUUUACUUAAUGUUGUCUAGUUCCAUUGGGCAGCAACAAAUUAAAUUAUCAAGGUAUUCACAAUUGCCAAGUGAUGAAUAGUAUCAAGCUGUUAGUGCCUCUGAAUUACAAGUUGAAACACAAGUUGCUUCCAAAAGGGGACCAGCAAUUGCUGAUUUAUAGUGAGGAGAUCAAUUUGAGGUCUACAACCACAAAAAUCAAGGACUUUGAUGCAUUUUGAUCUGUUCCCAAUAUUUAUGGUGUCCAUCAUGACUAUACUUGAACUAUUUGUUGAUAAAAUCACUAGGUAGUGCUGGGAUUAGACUUGCAAGUAUUAAAAUGUUUUCAUUGCUAGUGGUUAUGAUAUGAGAUUCAUACAAGAAAUGCAAAUGGUGCAGACUUGUGUUAUGGUUUUAUAAAAUCUGUUGUGCAGAUUUUGGUGCCAAAGGUGGUGAAGGUGCAGACAAUACAUACGAGCAACCAAUACUGGAAAAUAAAAAUGGCUAACCAGUCUAUAAGAGCUUAAAGGUCUUUUUCAACUUAUCCGUCCAAACAUUCACCUACAGCCAAGACUUUGUUUCAUCUUGAAAUUAUUUCCACCUGUUAAUCAACCUUUAAGGAAAAUUUUAAAAGAAAUUUGUAUUUUAAUUCAUCCACUAAUCUAUCAAGGGAAAAGUUCAUCCUAUUAAGAUUAAGCCUACAAAUAUUGCAUUAACAAUUUGAGAAGAAUUUCCAUUAUCUUGCCAUUUUCCAUUAAAUGGAAUCAAAAACAUACCAUCAGUGUUUGAACCUUCUGUUGAUCCAUUAGUGUUAUUUCCCAAUCAAUAUUGAAGAUGUUGAUCCAGAUCUGGAUAGAACUAAAGGCCUCUGUGCUACUGGCAUUGUGGAGUAAUGCUUUAUCUCCAUUAAAUAUCACCAGUUUUACUCCAGUUCUACACCCUAUUCCUAACAAAUUCCAAAAAAGUCUUGCUGGAUGUGGCUUGUUCGUUAGGUUCCAGAUGGAGCCCAGUCUUGCUGGUCUUCCUGCCACAGAUCGUGUGCUAGUUUGUGCACAGUUUCUGAGAUCCCACUAACUUGGAUAUGGAAUUGUAGUCCUAUGGAAUAGGAGCCAAAUGGGAAGGUUUGUUAGUUUUGCUAUUUUAUCUUGUGUAAUGUUUUGAAUAAUCUUUGAUGUUAGCAGUUUUUAAUUUAAUUUUAAAUUUAAUGUCAUAGUCAUACAGCACCAUGUCCAUGCCAACCUUAUUGCCAUCUGCACUGAUCCCAUUUGCACACAUUUGGACCAUAGAUGGCAACAAGGUUGCCAUGGACAUGGUGCUGUAUGACUAUGACAUUAAAUUUAAAAUGUAAUCAAAUUCUUUGACAGAAGCAAAGCCUUGUCUUCUGUCAAAGCCUGUCAGAGUAGUUGAGGGGGAUUUAAAAAAAAGAACAAACUGCUGGAGAAAUUCAGCAGGUCAGGUUGCAUCUCUGGAGGCAGAUGGAUAGCUAUAUUUUGAGUCAAGACCCUGCAUCAGGACUGAGGGUGUUGAGUGGGAUAGGUGGUGGUGCCUCUGUAUACACUGGAGACCAAUUUUGUGCCCAAACCUUGCUGCCUAACGUUGGUGUGGAGGAUGAGUGAGAUUGUCCUUCAGCAUCCAGCCGAGGUAGGUUUGGGACUGCAGGUGACGGUCAGGGUCCAAUAAGAUCCAACCACUUUAACAUAGUUUGCUACACCUCACCUAGAAUGCUUUGGAAUGCACAGAUACAGCCAGAACAAGAAUUUUGUUCUCCAGUUAAUAUAUAAUUCCUAAUCUCAUAAAAUGUCAUGUUCUUUAUUUUUCUCUCUAGUCCCAAUGAAGCAAAAUAAUAUUUUCUGCCAUUGUAUUGUCACUGCCUCUGAUUUUUUUUAAUCAUGUCAUUUGUAAUGUUUGUAGGAUCAACCAUCAAAAAUAAAUUGC